AAGUCCAUCCGGGGCCGGGCUGGCAAGGAUGUUGGGUGCCGGGGCUAGGUCCCUCCGUUGUUCCCUGCCUUGAACGGCGGGGAUAGGGGAGCUUUCCGGGACGCACGUGUGCUGCGUCCUUCCCGGGGAUCCUUGGUUGGAGGCCAGGCUUGCAGUCAGGAAGGGAACGGGGAAAGAAAAGGGGUCCCUGGGCGCUUAAAGGUGGAGGGGGGGGGGGGGCUGCAAGAAGAGGCCCCUCCUUGCAAAUUAUUGGGGAGAUCCAAGGCAGCUUGUGGGUCGUCCUGGAUAGUUUCCAGAGGAGCAUUUCUUUGCAAGCCCCGAAAGGAUGUUUGCAAGUUUUUGGCUGCAAAGCACAGAGCUUUUCCCUGCAGGGCCGACGAGCAAGGGGGCCUUUAAAGAGCUAACCUGUUGGUAUCCAUAGGAUACUUUGGGGUGGGGGUAGAGGCGUGUGUCGAGGGGUGUUUGGGGAUUCUCCAGGGAAAGGGGGCCCCUGCAAGGCCCUUGUGGGGAGUUUAAAGCCAUGGCCACGCGGCGUUUAACAGACGCGUUCUUGUUGUUGCGGAACAACGCGAUCCAAAGCCGGCAGCUGCUGGCCGAGCAAGUGAGUAGUUACGGCUCCUCCAGCCCUCUGACUUCACGUAGCAUGGCUGCUGCGGAGCUGGAUGAGCUUGCUGAUGAUCGCAUGGCACUGGUCUCGGGGAUCAGUUUAGACCCUGAAGCAGCUAUCUGUGUAACUAAGAGACUACCCCCGAAGUGGGUUGACGGCGUGGAUGAAAUUCAAUACGAAAUCUCCAGGAUAAAACAGAAGAUGAAAGAAUUGGCCAGUCUCCAUGACAAGCAUUUAAACCGACCAACUCUGGAUGACAGCAGCGAAGAAGAGCAUGCGAUAGAAAUCACCACCCAGGAGAUCACACAGCUAUUCCACAGGUGUCAGAGGGCCGUUCAGACGUUACACGGCAGAUCUCGAGCCUGCACGGAACAGGAGCAGCGGCUUCUCAAGAACGUCGUUUCUUCCUUGGCUCAGUCCCUUCAGGAUCUGUCUACUAAUUUUAGGCACGGGCAGUCCGACUAUCUCAAACGCAUGAAGAAUCGAGAAGAAAGAUCCAAACAUUUCUUCGGCACUUCAGUCCCCCUUAUGGAUGAUGGUGAGAACAACACCAUAUACGAUCGGGGCUUUACAGAUGACCAGUUAGUAUUGGUGGAACAAAACACGCUGCUGGUGGAAGAGCGGGAGCGAGAAAUCCGGCAAAUUGUACAGUCUAUUUCUGAUCUCAAUGAAAUUUUUAGGGAUUUGGGAGCAAUGAUAGUGGAACAGGGUACAGUCAUGGAUAGAAUUGACUACAAUGUUGAACAAUCAUGUGUUAAAACAGAAGAGGGCUUAAAACAGCUACACAAGGCUGAGCAGUACCAAAAGAAGAAUCGGAAGAUGCUGGUUAUUUUAAUUUUAUUUGUAGUCGUCGUCGUCCUUAUCAUUGUUCUUAUUGGUGUAAAAUUUCGCUAGGCAUCACUCCAACGGUAAUGAUCUCUUUGUGUGAGAGCGUAUGGGGAGGAUUUGUUUUUAUUUUGUCUCCGAUGUGAAUAAGGGGAACCUACCCUCCUGAAAAGCUGCCUAUGAAUGAAUGAAUGUAUAUGCCCAGCUGGUGCAAAGUCUGUGCAAUGUUCCUGUUUAAAAAAAAAAAACACCUCUCUUUCUGUCUGUCUGUUUGUUUGUUUAACAUGCUCAGUGAUGCGUGAGGUUUCCAAAAAUAUGUGCAUCAAUAUUGGGACCUUUUUGAUUAUUGCUCCCAGACAAAAUAUCUGGUUCCUUAUCUAGGCAGUUGAAAAACUUAAAAGACUAAAAAUUAAGGAUUACGUCGUUUCCGAAGGUCCACUAAUUACUUCCAGUGUUUUGCGACUGUGUGCUAUCAUCUGCAGUCUUGUUUGUGUUGCAGUUAAUCUUAAGAUAUUAUUGCCAACUAUCUAGGAUUUCAUUAGAUAUGAUACCAAAAAGGCCCAUAAUUUGGAGGUGAAAAAAAUGCCUUAAAGUUAAAAAAAAAAAAAAACCUGUUUGGUUUCACUUUCCUCCAGAUUUUCAUUUUCAUAUUUUUAUACUGUAUAAUAGAAGGGAAGCAUUUGAAAACAGCAAAUAAUGCAGACUGAUUUCAUACCACUACUGCUUUUUUUUGCCCUGGAGUGGCAUUUAGAAAUGUAAAUAGCACCCAAACUGCGGUCAGUACUAUCAGUGUGAACAGUUAAAAUGACUCUCUAAGGCUUUGAGUAAACAGAAAUAUAUUCCUCCCCCCACCCCCAAUCAUCAGAAGCGUACCAGGGGUAAAUGGCGCCCGGAGACAAAUUGCCUCCAGGACGCCCCCCUGGCUCUGCCGCCUGCCUCUGCCC